ACUCGACCUACAGUUUACAUUGUAUCAAAAAAUCUGAGACUGUUGUUCAAAUUCAUCUGCAUUUCUAUUGGCUGGGCUUGGCUUUUCUCCUAGCAACGGCUCGGGCAUUGCUCCAAUUAGAAUUGCUAAUUUUGCCUUCCAACUUUAAAAUUCUACAGCGGUGCGUGGAGUGACUGACGUCCUUCCUAGAAAGAGCUUUUUUGUGGAUGGGGUGGUGUCAUACUUGACUUUGCCCACAUUUGUAGAUUUGCUCACAAGAAAGGUUCGGGACACGAGUUGUCUUCCUCAAGCCAUCGAAUUCUGUCAAGAGUAGGAUUGUUACAUUGUAGAUGUUGAAUAGUUUCCAAACGUUACCUGAUUGGAAUGAACAAAAACUAAGAAGAUACUUUUGCAAGUCUGUUUCAAUCGCAUAGCGUUAUGCAGUAAGCUUGCAAUUUUGUUUUGCUUCUGCAGCAGGGGAGCUUUGUCCACGCUCUUAAAAAAACAAAAAAUUCGAAUCGAAUCAAAAGAUACGACUACUUAAGAAGUCUGAAACCGAAGAUAGCGUAGGCUACGUAGAUUAGCCUAUAGCUUGUGUGCCUGAUAGGCAACGUCUCAGGAGGCUACUUUAAGUUCGGCCAACUAAGACCAAGUAUGUAUUCAAGAAUGUCUUUUCAAGGAAACGAGGUAGUAAAUGGCAUUGAAUUCAUUAAAGAUCAACUCUACUUUGCUAUUCUCCAACACAAAGUUAAAAACACCGCCGAGAGGCACGGCUUUUGCGUUGACGACGAGCUGUCUUAUGAGAACUUCUAUGCGGACUUUGGCCCGCUGAACUUGGCCAUGUUGUAUCGCUUCUCCUGCAAGCUGAGCAAAAAACUGAAGUCCUUCACGCUUGCAAAGAAAAAGAUCAUUUUUUACUCCUGUGGAGACAAAAAGAAACAAGUCAAUGCGGCCUAUUUGAUUGGCUCAUAUGCUGUAAUGCACCUCCAGAAGACGCCUGAGGAGGCCUUCAGCCUGUUGGCGUCUAGAAACGCCACAUUUCUGCCGUUCAGAGAUGCCUCCUUUGGAACCUGCAUGUACAAUCUGAACAUUCUGGACUGCCUGCGAGCUGUACACAAGGCGCUGCGGUUGGGAUGGCUGGACUUUUCCCUGUUUGAUGUGGAGGAAUAUGAACAUUAUGAGAGAGCAGAGAACGGGGACUUCAACUGGAUCAUUCCGGGGAAGUUUCUGGCCUUCAGCGGGCCCCAUCCAAAGAGCAAAAUUGAAAAUGGCUACCCUCUGCAUGCACCAGAGGCCUACUUCCCAUACUUCCGGAAGCACAACGUCACCUCCGUGAUCCGGCUGAACAAGAAGAUGUAUGACGCCAAGCGCUUCACCGACAUGGGCUUCGAGCACCACGACCUGUUCUUUGUGGACGGCAGCACGCCAACCGACGCCAUUGUCAGCAAGUUCCUACACAUCUGCGAGAAUGCAAAGGGAGCUAUUGCUGUCCACUGUAAAGCGGGCCUCGGCCGCACAGGGACCCUGAUUGGCUGCUACCUGAUGAAGCACUUCAGACUGACGGCUGCCGAAGCCAUCGCGUGGAUCCGAAUCUGCAGACCCGGCUCGGUCAUUGGACCACAGCAGAACUAUGUGGAAGAGAAGCAGAACGGCAUGUGGGCGGAGGGCGAUCUCUUCCGCGAGAAGCUGAGCGAACAGGAGAACGGCUCGAACAAGAUGGCCACCGUCACGGGAAUCCUGUCUGGUGUCGACGACAUCUCCAUCAACGACUGCAACAAGAACAGGCCGAGCAGGAACUCGGACACGAAGCUGUACGACAAUGAGGACGAGGGCAGCGCCAUCACUCAAGGGGACAAACUUCGUGCGCUGAAGAGCAGGAGGCAGGCCAGAGCGUCCACCGGCUCCUUAUCAUUAGAAGAGAAUAAAACGCACACCAGAUCAGCAUCUCGGUCGUUAAGGAUCAUUCUGCAGUCCAGCGCAGCACAGGCGGCCCAGUCCCAGAAGGAGCUCAGGAAGAGGAGCAGGAUGUCUCUCGGAGGAGCGAACACGGGCGUCAGCUCGCACUCGCACCCGAGGUUAGCCAGGUCCCUAGGCAACCUGAAUGUGCUGGCGAGUGAACUGGACCACCAGGCCCACGCCCACGCUGAGCAUGUAUCCACCACUCUCAUCACUGUUCAGCAGUGGGACUGUAGCUGCUUAGGCCCCCCCAACCACCACAUCAUCAACAACAAUAUCAACAACAACAACAGCAGCUGCGGCUGCAGCAGCAGCAACAACCACGUCCACCAGCGCCAUCAUGGCCCCCAGGAGCCUCCUGGUCCCGCCCCCCUCCCUGCCUCUCCGCUCUGCGGGGCUGCCGUGGGCUUGCAGCCCCCAUCAAUCCAUAGCCAAAGCUAGAGCACCUCUUCUGCGAUGAGUGGUACAGGAAGGAACUGCAUGGAACUGACCAUCUGGCAUAUUCUCUUUUAAGAAUGUGCAUGGACUAGGUCUUUAUAAAACACACACACAGCCUGCACCCAGGACUUUUCUUUUGUUGUUGUUGUUGUUGUUCAAAGGGACAUGGGACUGUUGCCUCUGCUGUGGCUACAAUGUUUAGACAAGUUCAUUAGUACAGAAACUAGCUGAUGCUUAUGUUUAAAAUCACUGUUUUUAAAACAAACAAAUAUUAUGUUGGGUGAAACCUUUUAAUUUUCCCUCAGUUAACCUGUAUAUAACCAGCAUUUGAUAAUCAUUGAAAACAAGGGGUGAUGUAAAUACUUGUACAUAUUUUAUAUCCUUUUUUUUUUUUUUAUCAUGUUUUCAAGGGUCAGAUAUCCUCAUAAUUGUUCAGUUAUUUAAACUGUACUAAUGUCCAGAGUAGAAUAUCAUGGGAAGAUAUUUUAAUAAAAUCAUUCUGACCAGUC